UUCAGACCACAACAACACGGAGCGGGACUCACUUGUCCGUACAUGUCCGGGGAAAGUUGAGUGUCUGUGCUAACUCCGUCGGUUUGCAAACAUGACAGACAUUUUGUCAAAAAUAAAAAACAGCGUGGCGGAGAAAAAGAAGACGGAUUCCGUGUCUCAGAGCGACCUACAGAAGUGGGGUUUAAGAGGGAUCCAGCUGAGACCCUACCAGCUGGACGGUGUGCAGUGGUUAGCUCAGUGCCUGAGGAGCCAGCAGGGAUGCAUUUUAGGAGACGAGAUGGGCUUGGGGAAAACCUGUCAGACGAUCUCUCUGCUGGUUUACAUGUCAGGGGCUCUGGGGAAGAAAGGUCCGUUUUUGGUGCUGAGCCCGCUGUCUGUCAUGGAAAACUGGAGAAAGGAGCUGGAAUGCUUCGCCCCGUCUCUGACUGUUGUGUGUUACAAAGGAGACAAAGAGAGACGCGCUGAGCUGCAGAUGGAAACAGACACACAGGAAUUUCAUGUUCUGCUCACUACAUAUGAGCUUUGUCUCAAAGAUACUUCGUUCUUAAAACAGUGGAAGUGGAGGGUGCUCGUGGUGGACGAAGCUCACCGACUGAAGAACCAGAACUCACUUUUGCACAAAGUCUUGACGCAGUUCUCAGUUGGUUUCAGAGUCCUGCUGACGGGGACGCCCAUCCAGAACAACCUGCAGGAGCUCCACUCCCUGCUGAGCUUCAUUCAGCCCAACAUCUUCACAGCUGAUGAGUCGGACAGUUUCGCCAAAUCUUACUCCGAUGUGAAAAGUCAACCUGCUCUUGCUGCUGAGCUGCAGAGCGUCCUGGAGCCCUUCCUGCUCCGUCGAGUCAAGUCAGAGGUGGCUGUCGAUCUGCCGAAGAAGACGGAGCUGGUGGUGUACCACGGCAUGUCGGCUCUGCAGAAAAAAUACUACAAAGCCAUUCUGAUGAAGGAUCUGGAGGUUUUUGGAAACGAGCAGGGCAACAAGAACCGGCUGCUGAACAUCUUGAUGAACCUGAGAAAGUGUGUUGACCACCCGUACCUGUUUGAUGGAGUGGAGCCAGAGCCUUUUGAGAUGGGGGAGCAUCUCGUUGAAGCCAGUGGGAAACUUUGCCUUUUGGACAGCAUACUGACUUUUCUUCACAGAGGGGGCCAUCGGGUCCUGCUGUUCUCUCAGAUGACGAGGAUGCUGGACAUACUUCAGGAUUACAUGGAGUACAGAGAUUACAGCUAUGAACGUCUGGAUGGGUCCGUCCGAGGGGAGGAAAGAAAUCUAGCAGUGAAGAACUUCAGCAACAAAGACAUCUUUGUCUUUCUCCUCAGCACUAAAGCAGGUGGAGUGGGUCUGAACCUCACAGCUGCUGACACGGUCAUUUUUAUGGACAGCGACUUCAACCCCCAGAAUGACCUGCAGGCUGCUGCUCGCUGCCAUCGGAUUGGUCAGAACAGGCCUGUAAAAGUGAUCCGCCUUUUGGCAAGAGACACUGUGGAGGAAAUAAUGUACGCUCGUGCCGUAUCUAAGUUGCACCUCACCAACACUGUUAUUGAAGAAGGACGCUUCUCUCUGCUGGACCAGGCUCAGUCCGCUGCUGCAGGACUGCAGCUCAGUGAGAUCUUGAAGUUUGGGGUUGAUAAGCUUCUGUCAUCAGAGGAGAGCUCUGUACAGGAUGUGAAACUGGAGAAGAUCCUCGGUCCGACACACGAUGGUCAGUGGGUGGAUGAAGACUUCACAUCGCUCCGAGAAGAGAUGGAAGAGGAGGAGGAGGAAGAGAGCGGCCUUGAAUCUGACGGCCAGAACCACAUGUACUACUUUGAGGGGAAAGACUACAGUAAAGACCCGAGCUCCGAAGACCAGAUGAGCUUUGACCGUUUGUUGGAGGAGCAGCUGGCCGAGUUUCAGAGAGCUGCAGGAGAGGGACGAGCUCUGAGACACAAAGCUGGAGUUUCACUGUCAGUCACUCUUGGGAUUCCCACGAGGAAGAGGAAACCUCUCACCGAGGCUGAACUGGAGCUGCGGCGCCAGAGGCGUGAGGAGGCUGCAGCCAAGAGAGCCAAAAUUCAGGAGGAGGCGAAGAAGAAGCAACAAGAGCAGAAAUAUAAGAAAAAAAUGGCGUGGUGGGAGUCGUGCGGCUACAGAUCACGUUGCCUGCCGUCUGUGGACAGCGAAGAAGACGACGAAGAGGAGGACGACAGCAGCGUUUGCUCCACAGACUCUGACAGCAUGGCCAUCAACUACGUCCUGGGGGAUGUUACUCACCCUCACACCGCUCAGGGAGAUGCUAUCAUCGUCCACUGUGUCGAUGACUCAGGCCGGUGGGGACGGGGAGGCUUGUUUACAGCUCUGGAGGUGAGAUCAGAUGAACCACGGAAGACAUAUGAGUUGGCUGGCAAGAUGAAAGAUUUGGACCUUGGAAAUGUGCUGCUCUUCCCCAUCGAUGACAAACAGUCCAGAUUAGACGGCCAGGAUCAGCUGGCCCUGAUUGUCGCACAGCAACGAGACAGAGCGAACAACCUGUCCGGGAUCCUUCUGACGGCUCUGGAUGAAGGUCUGAAGAAGAUCUACGCAGCAGCUAAAAGACACAAGGCAAGCGUACAUCUUCCUCGCAUCGGCCACUCCACAAAAGGCUUCAACUGGUACGGCACAGAGAGGCUCAUCAGGAAACACCUGGCCUCCAGAGGCAUCCCCACGUUCAUAUACUAUCACAACAGAGCAGCAAAGAAAACGGCUCCAGGUCUGACGCCCACACCUGUGACCUCAUCCUCAACUUCCUCCCUUUUACCACAGCCGCACGACUCCGACAGGCUGUCUGAAGACGAGACAGAGGCAGAAACCCCCGGCCCUUCAGCUGCUCCUCAGAGCCGCGGCCCCACAGAGCUCCCAGAUUUCAUGAGGGGGGUCCGUGUGUUUUUCUACAACCUGCCUGCAUCAGAGAGGAAGAGGCUGUCCCGCUACCUCAUCACUUAUGAUGGAGAUGAGGAGGAGAUCAUGAGUCCGGAGGUCACACACAUCGUCGCAGAGGUGGAGAACAGCGUCCACUCGCUUGAGCUCCAGGAUCUGGUGCGUCAGUACACGCAGGCUGUCCCCGUGCAGAAGGACUGGCUGGAGUCCUGCUUCUCCAAACAACGAAGAGUCGACACUUCCCCGUUCCUCCAUCGGCUCAGAUAACACUCUGCUUCAUUGUUUUUUUAAACUCUCUUUUUUUAUUGAAACUAUUCUUCUGGGUCAAGCUUGAGUUAAAUUCGGGGGGUUACUUGAAAAUGCAAUUUGUGUUAAAUUAUAUCAAAACAGUUUACAAUUACCGAUUUAUAGGUAGUUUAUUAUUAUUGCUGUGUCAUGACAAUUAUCUUUAUAAUCGCACUUGAUUAUAAAACAUCUGAUGAAACAAACACACACAUUUAAAAACCAAAGAGCUAAAAAGAAAUGCACGUCACUUGCUACAUUAUAAGUAG